GAGCACUCAUUCUUUCCGAUGACAUCAGGCAGCUUGAGUCGCGCGGCAGGACUCUCCUGGACGUCGGUGUUCACUUGCUCGAGGUAUCUCUGGAAGGCGAACUGCAAGCAAGGGUGGACAUUCAGUUACGACAAUGCUGCGUCGGUUAAUGUGGAGUUGGACCUGGCUCCUGGUGGGCUUCUGUGCGUGCGCCCCCCAUGAAGACAUCUCUGUUGACGAGGACGACUGGACCGAUGACAAAUGGGGUUCCGGUUUCUCCCCCGUGUAUCACUUCCUUGCCGACAGACCACCUGAAACAACAGCAGCUGCCGCAUCAGCAGCAGAGAGCCCCUCGAUGAACUGUACGCAGAACUUCUGGUUGCCGUCACCCACGCUUGAUAUCUGUUGGGAGAACGUAGCCGGGCCAGAAGAGCUGGCCCGAUCCCGCCAGCUGGCGCUGCAGAACCGGGCCGCCCUCGAGGCCGUGACCUCUUCUUGUGGCGUGGAGGAAGGGGGACUCUCCUACCAGCGGCAGGCCAGUGACGAGGUACAGGGGGUGCUCUCGGACCACCGCAGUGUGGCUGAGGCCCUGGACACCAUGGAAAAGGUCUUCGUCUCCCUGGAGGAGAAGAGGAAAGACGGCAAGGAUGGGAGACUCCUUGCGAGUGUCAAGGAACAUUUGACCCACGCGAGGGAGUCGGCGUGGGCCCGCGAGCACCUGGCGUCCGCCCUGGAGAGGAGCUUGUCCACCCUGGAGGACAAUCUCAUCCACAUGCAGCUCAGACUCAGCAAGCUCAUCCGCCAGUGACCACCAGCACACCAAUACGUUGAUCGGCGGUGGAAUAUGCCGCAUUUUUUGUCGCUGGUGUUGUGACUUUGCGCUUUUCGUAAAUGGCAAUAAAAGUCUCAACCACCAAA